GGAAUACUUUAAAAAUGUUUCACGAUCAUAAUUGGUAACGACCUUGAGUUUUCAUCCUGUGAUUAACCUCUUCAGAUUAUUUUGAAAAUGUUCUCAAAACAUCUGACAAAAACCUUGAAAAAUGUGCCAUAUUCCAUGAGGAAACCAUCAUAUUCAACUGCGAAAGAGUCGAUACCGAAGUAUGAUGUUGUAGUGGUCGGUGGUGGCAUAGUUGGUGUCGCAUCCGCCCGAGAAUGUUUAUGCCGACACCCACACUUAAAGAUGGCAAUCGUAGAGAAGGAGUCGAAGCUUGCGAUGCAUCAGAGCGGUCACAACAGCGGUGUCAUACACGCUGGGAUUUAUUACAAACCCGGGUCAUUAAAAGCCAAAUUGUGCGUCGAAGGACUACAGUUAACGUAUAGUUAUUGCGACGAAAGAAAGAUUCCGUACAAAAAAGUCGGUAAACUCAUUGUGGCCACCAAUGAAGGUGAACUAUCCAAUUUACUAGAUCUGUACGAGCGUGGCCAGAAGAAUAAUGUAAAAGAUUUAGAGAUAAUUGAUGGCGAUAAGAUAAAGACAUAUGAGCCAAAAUGUACAGGUAUUAAAGCACUAUGGUCACCUCACACAGGAAUUAUAGACUUUAUAGUCGUUUGCAACAGUUACGCUAAGGACUUCCAAAGUGUGGGAGGUGACAUUUUUUAUAACUUUCACGUUAAUGGUUUUAGCGAAGCACCCGAUGCCGACUAUCCUGUAUGUAUUGAAACCAAGAGUGGCGAAACAUUACAGGCGAAAUACGUGCUAACGUGCGGUGGUUUGUACUCUGAUAUCUUAGCGGAGUUAUCGGGUUGUUCGAGAGAUCCACGAAUUGUACCUUUUCGUGGAGAGUACCUACUUCUAACACCAGAAAAACAAUCGAUCAUCAAGGGAAAUAUUUAUCCGGUACCGGACCCGAGAUUUCCCUUUUUAGGUGUUCAUUUCACUCCCCGAAUGGACGGUAGUGUGUGGCUCGGACCUAAUGCAGUUCUCGCGUUUAAACGCGAAGGAUAUACUUGGUUCGAUAUUAACCUUUCGGAAUUAUGGGAUGCACUUCAGUAUUCUGGUUUUCGUAAAUUGGCAAGUAAAUUUGUAAUGGCGGGCACCGAAGAGAUGAUCAAGUCUAUUUUUACAUCGUUGAGAGUUAAGGAUUUACAAAAGUUCGUACCGGAUCUUGCCGCAAGCGAUAUUACCAGAGGCCCGACGGGUGUUCGUGCCCAGGCCUUGGAUAAAGAUGGAAACUUAGUCGAUGACUUUGUUUUUGAUAUGGGCGACAGCAAAUUAGGGAAGAGAAUUUUGCAUUGCAGAAAUGCACCGUCUCCGGGAGCAACAAGCUCACAGGCUAUAGCAAAAAUGAUAGCAGACAAAUUGGAGGAACAGUUUAAAUUGUCGUAAACUGACUCUGAGAUACCCUUUACUGGAAUUGAAAUAGGCAACACACAAUACACCAUCUUCAUCGGAAUGUGGCCACAGCCAGAGUGCCUUCCACACUAAAUUAUCCUCUGGUGGUUGGUGUCUAGUCCUAAUUACUUUUCUAUGGUUUUUAGGGUUAUUCUUUAAAAGCACUGCAAUUGUAUUAUAAAAAUUCUAAAAUUUACUUCUUCAAUAUUUUUGCAUUUUGAUAUUUAUUUUAAAAAUUAAAAACGUAAAUGACGCGAGGUUCUAUUAACGCAAUAAGAGGGGGUAACAUGUGCAAUGCACAAAAUAUAAUAAUAAUAUUAAUAAUAAAUUGUUAAAGUCGUUUGUAAGCUGAUUAUAUGAUGCCUAUUGUUUGACCAGGCUCCUUUAGAA